AUGAUGAAAUUUGCUAUCUUACUCAUGGUUUCAUAUGUCUUCAUGUUUCUUGUUUUUAGCUAUAUUCAAGACGUGGAAGCUGCGAACAAGAGGUGUCACAUAAAUCAAAUGUACGAAGGAACAUGCGGGAACGAUGGAAACAAGGUAUGCUUAGGCGAUUUCAAAAACAAGAAGUUUAAAUAUGAUAUUUGCCAAUGUACUGACGUUAUUCGUUUUUCAACUAAAUUACCUCACCAUCGUCUUUACAAUUGCAGUCGUCCUGGCUAA